GCGUGACUAAACGUUGCGUCGCGUGGAAAGAGACAGUUUCUUUAUAAUCUUACUCUUACUUGAUUGAACAAUGAACCUUCCUUGUAAUGGAAUAAUCGGUACAAACGUACUUGACUAUUUUGGACUCAAAGAAAAGAGAAAAAAUAAAAAUAAAUUAUAUAAACAAAUGUGCUGGAGAGACAAUAAUUUCAAAAGAAAAAAUCUCAAAAACAUUGCGGAAAAGCCAGACCGCAAAAUUUUCUUUUGGCGUUUCCAGCAAACAUAUUAUACUUCUUCAAACCACAAUUCGGCCAAUACUCAACUACUUUUGCGAAAAAAAAUUCGAAACGAGGAUCCUAUACGAUUUAACAUCAUGUGUAAACAAAUCAUAGAUUUCCAUAGGGCCUUCACAGGCCAUUUAUAGAAUUCCGUGAAACAAAUUAAUAGCUUUUACUUCGUAGGCCUAUAGGAUAUUUGCAACACACACGUUGAUCAAACACACACUACAAUACUACGUAAACACAUGCCAUCAUAAAAAGUAUAACAAAUGAAGAGUGAACAGAAAAAUAAGUGGAAAUUAUUGAUCCAACUCAACUUCUUCACCCACCCGACACGAUCAUGCAAAUCCGAAUAAACUUUGUCAGACUGGCUUGACAAAGGUGCACUGCAUUUAAGCCUAUGUUGCAUAAUUGCGGGGCUUGGCAGUUAAAAAAGGGUGGUGUGUUGUGUAUCACUAUCACUGACAGCCGUGUGUACAGUUGCUUGCACCUGGCACCUCUCUGACUGGUUAUUCUACUUAGUAGAGAGAACCCAUUUCAUGCUUUUGCAAGUUCGUUAAUUUGGCUGAAAGAGCGAUUUUAAAAAAACGUCGCCAUGUCGUUCUAUCGUAACGCUGUGUGGUUCGUAAAAGGACUCAAUGAGUAUACAAAAUCUGGGUACCUGUCAGCAAGCAAACGCUUCGACCCAGCUGAUCUUGAUGUAAACAUCAGCAACAGAAGCUUCAUGAUCACAGGAGCCAACAGCGGACUGGGAAGGAGUGCAGCUCUCACUAUCGCCAAAAAAGGUGCGACAGUACAUAUGGUGUGUCGUAACAAAGAGAGAGGAGAAGCAGCACAGGAGGAACUUAAGCAAGAGUCUGGAAAUCAGAUCAAUAAUGCGGGUAUUCUGGUAAACGAGGACAAGAGGCAGGUGACGGAGGAUGGUUUGGAGUCAACUUUUGCCACAAAUACACUGGGCACCCACCUGCUGACCAUCCACUUGUUGCCUGUGCUGGAGCAAGCAGAAGAUCCCAGAGUGGUCAUUGUUACAUCUGGUGGAAUGCUUUUGCAAAAACUUGACCUAAGUGACCUCCAGUUUGAGAAAAUGUCCAAGUUUGAUGGUGCUAUGGCAUACAGUCAGACCAAGAGACAGCAAGUGGUGAUGACAGCUCAGUAUGCAAAGACGUAUCCUAAGGUCCACUUUUCAUGUCCGCAUCCUGGAUGGUCAAGCACUCCAGGUGUCCAAUCUUCUCUCCCUGAUUUCUACGAGAGAUUUCAGAACAAACUGCGAUCGGAGGAAGCAGGAGCAGACACCAUUGUCUGGCUGGCGAUCUCACCAGCAGCCACAAAACAGCUUAGUGGACUUUUUUUUCAAGAUCGCAAGCCUGUGCCAAUACAUUUACCUCUGGCCUGGACCAAAUCGAACUCAGGGGACGAUGAGAAACUGAUGACCAAGCUGCAAGAAUUCGCUGAAAGCUUCAACAAAUGAAUCGAAUGACCUCAACCUCAGUCUGCUAGGCCUAAUUGUUUAAUGAUAAAAGGUGUUUUGUUUAUCUUGCAGGGAGGGGGGGGGGGUGAUAUUUGUCUGUCUGCCAUCAAGUUAUUUCUUUUUUUUGUGUUACUUUUCUGAAUUUUUUGUUCAAGGUUUACAAUUUGGGUGCAACAUUCAUUGUUCUCGGUUGUUAAUGGAGAGUUAUUAUUUACUGUAGAUCGUAGUGUCAACUGUGGAUGCUGGGCAUGGAUGUACUAGUGGUGAGGAACAGAAAGGUGUAGGAGAGGGGGGAUAGAGAUCAAGAGAAAAUCUAGAUGCUAAAGCGGAAGAAAAGAGAGAGAGAGUAAAAGAUGAAAGGAGAAAGCUUAGCAGUUAAACAUUUCAUUGAUACAGUAAUCAACUAGAUUUGCUUAAAGUGCUGGAUGAUGUUAACGGUUGGGUGGUUGAAGGGUGCCAUAAUCCAUUUUGUCAAAAUUAUUAUGCAGUAUGGAAAGUUCUGUCACUGCUUGUGAGCUGAUGUCUGUGGUGUUUUUCCCUUGCAUGCACAAGACCCAAGUUUGAUUGAUUCCCUUGUGAGGAGAAUUUUUACCAAGUAUAUUGGGGUUUCUGCUGGGGCGCUGUAUCCCGAUUAGUCUGGGUUGGCCUCAACAAUAGGGUUAUAGCCUCAGGUAAAUGGUCUGAAAUGUGUCGAUGAAGCUGUAAAAAGAAGGAAAAAAAACCUGCCUGUGACAGAAUUUUGCUGUUCGUGACCAUUUUUGUAUCUAUACCAUGCUCCUCAUAGAUGGAAAAUGUCUUGUCAAGACAUUAACCUUGUAUUUGUACUUGAUAAAAGAUCAGCUGCCAGCUGCAUGUCACUGCUACCUCAAACAUCCUUUAUUAGUUGUUGUAUGUCACGGUAUAGGUUUAGCGCCCCUCUUAACACAAAGAUUAUUUAAGAGGCAGGUCCUCCAAAUUUAACACCCGUCUCCGAUAGGAUCCAGCCAAAUGUGUAGAGCAGAGUGCCUUGAAAACUCCACAAAGUGAUCCAAGUUCAAGAACACCCGAUUGGGAAUUUGAACCAGGGCCACCAUUAGUGUAUCAUUUCUUACCACUGAGUGUUGGAACAUUUUUUGUGUACAUGUAUAUAUUUCCAAUUCUUUAGUAUAUAUCUAUUUUUUUUACACUUUCCUUUUUCCCUUUUCUCUGUGAUAAUGAAAGUGAAUUUAACUUAAAACGGGCAAGAAUCACUCCGAGUGCAUGAAGUGAGUACAUGAGUGAUUGAAGGCUGCCUUUGGUAUGUCUUACUUGACUAUCCCCUCUGAUGUUUCUGUCUGCCUGUGUUCUUGCUUUUUUUAUGGGACUCAUCUACUGUUACUGUUACUGUGUCGUUGAUCUUCUUUUAUUUAUAAUGAACAAAUGGUGAGAUUGUAUUUUUUCACUCCAUGGUAGAGAAAUUGUAAAAUGCCUUUACCAGGGACACGUCUGGCCCCCAUGGGGUUUAAAACCAUAAGCUUUUAGUUUUGAGCCAAAUAGCCUAACCUCAAGAGCACUGAUGCCGCAAUUAAGUGGCCAGUAAAAUCCUCUUCAAUUUUAUAUGAGAGAAACUAAUUAAGGAACCAAUGGGAAAGAGGAAGGAAUUUGGUCUAUAACUAUGUUUUAAAAGUGUGCAUGUAUACACGAUAUAUAUCGACAGCUCAAUGUAAGACUCUGCUGUACGCCAUUUUGAAAAGUCAAGCAGGACAGAGUUUACACUGAGUAGUUGAUAUGUUCUGCUCAUAUAUGAUCUUUGUGAGCUUCGUUUUACUCUGUGAUUUAAGAAUUUUUAAAAGUUUUGUAUCUUUGAAGAACAAAGAUUAUGUGUUUUUUUGUUUCGAGUCCUACUCAUUUCAUGUUAUGUCAAUAGAUACCGACUGGGUUUCAUAUC